CAAAGAGAGGGGACCACACAGCCGCAAGUUCCUCAAGCGCAGAGAGAACUCUACAAGAGACACACAUGACGGGAGGAGAUCAACCCAAACGACACGGUGAUGCCACCAGCACCGAGUUAUCUGCUGCUCUAGAAACCAGAGACCUCUCAGAUCUAUCUGAGAUAUUUAAGGCGUGACCAUAGAGAGGAUCUACGUGGAUCUGCAGGACAGUGAAUGGGAGUAAAUAGACAAGACGAGGCGUAAGAAAGAAACGAAGGAGUAGCGGCUUCGGCAUCGUGCUUUUCUGUGCAUGUAACGUUUCGCUGGAUUGUGUUACAGUGUAGCAAAAACGUUGCGCACGAAGGGAUCUGGAUUAACUGGAGGGAGAGGCGAAAAGCUCUAGUUUUACUGAGCCAUGAAGAAGAACAGUUCAACAAAGCAGGGCCCUCAGGAUGCCAAUCAACAGCCCGUGCAGCCCGACAAAACUGGCUGGAUUCGCAAGUAUUGUGGCAAAGGAAUUUUCAGGGAAAUUUGGAAAAACAGAUUUGUUGUGUUGAAAGGAGACCAACUCUACAUCUCCGACAAAGAGGUUAAAGAUGAGAAGAAAAUCCAAGAAGUGGUGGACCUCACCGACUACGAGAAAUCUGAGGAGCUUCGCAAAGCCAAGAGCAGGAGCAAGAAGAACCACAGCAAGUUUACACUACUGCGAUCCCGGCAGCCAGGCAACACGGUCCCAAAUCUGGUGUUUUUGUCUGUCAGUCCAGAGGAGAAAGAGUCAUGGAUCAAUGCUUUAAAUGGAGCGAUCACCAGGGCCAAGAAUCGCAUUUUGGAUGAGGUGACGGUGGAAGAGGACAGCUUGCUGGUCCAUCCGACACGCGACAGAGCUAAGAUCCCCCACGCUCGCCGUCUGCCCACCCGCGGGCACCUCAUGGCUGUGGCUUCUACCACUAACUCGGAUGGUAUGCUAACGCUUGACCUCAUUCAAGUAGAAGACGUCCACACACCAGAAGGACAGAACACUUGUGAGGACCAUCUUGACAAUGUUUCGAUUCAAAAGACCCCAGAUUCUCAGCACUCCAGCAAAGACACUUCAAAGCUCUCAACAUGUAACGAGACCCCAGGAAAAUCUCUGAGUCUGCCCCGCAAGAGCGAAUGCACCUGGGACUGGUCCGAGAGCCAGUCUCGGACGCCACAGCUCCGCAAAAAAACACCCGCAUCCGAAAAGAACCGCUGCGCAUCCAUGGACGUGAUCCUGGCGCACUCUGAGACUAGGCCCAUCCCUCACUGCUCGACCUCUGCACCCGUACAGCCCAUCAGCCAACUGCAGGAACUGAUCACCCAGAAGUUAGAGAGAACUCAAGAGCUGCUGACGGAAGUGCGGGUGCAGGGCAAAGGGAAGGGCUCGCCAUCUGGGAAGAGCUCCAGCCCAGAGGGGCAGAGGAAGGAGACGGAGAGACUGCUGGAGGAGGCGGCAUCCACGUGGGGUCAGGCACGUGAUGUGUUGGAAGAAGUGAAGGAACUCAGAGCUCUCUACAAGCAGCUUGACUCCGCCUCCUCCACCACAGUCAGUCCGUCACAGAGCGGAAAACUAAAGAGCCUGCAACAACAAAACCAUCGGAAAAGCAUGAUGUGAAGAUAUGGACUAUCUAAAUAGGAAUGCACACAGAAAGACUUCAAAGUCCUCCAUGUUUUUCAUCAACUGCAAUGAAGCAAAGUGUCUUUUUAAAUUGACUAUUCUAUGCCACUGCUUAAAUAUUACUGGAUUUAACAUCACUGAAUUACAUGAGCCAUACAUGUAUCUAUGUAUGAAUUUUUAAGGGACAAAUCUAGUUUCUUCCACUCCCUAAUAUCAGCUUCAGUCAAGUAGAUAAAACACAAGCUGUUGCGCAUAGCCCUGCGGGAUCAGUUUGCGGGACAGCAACAGCAUGAAGUCACUGAGCUGCCCUAUCAGGGUAGAACAGGGUGAGAAACACCAGAUGGUGUUGAUACAGAUACAUCCCGUGUCAUCUCCUGCCUAUCACAAUGUGAAUGUUUUCUUGUCUCAUAAUACACUGGAGGAGCUUCGUUUAAAAAUGGCAGGAGACACCCAAGUCUAUUUUACUCUGUGGGUCAUUUUUUAUGUAAUAGUAAUUCCCAGCACACUUGCUCUGCUGUCCAAACCAUGCUUGAAACAUCCAAGCUCGUCAGAUGCAAUCAGGGUGCAGCCAAAGGCGAUCGGCGAGGACACAUUAUUUAUAUGGCUAAAACUUGCAGAUUGUGGAGUGUGUGCUGUCCGACAGUGCUUUGCACCCCAUUUGAUAGGCUCUAACUCUGAACAAAGCCAUGUGGACUUGUAUAAACUUGAGUACAGGUGACGUCUGGUGCCAGUGUUGCUGCUGAAAGUGGUGGGAGACACAGAUGCCAUUAAAGAUGAGACUCCAUGCAGUAAAGUGGCUAGAAGCAUCUAGCUGCAAGGAAACAACUGAUAAUAAUAAUAAUUACACAUUUGCACUAUGAAGAAUGCUGUAAAAUGAGAGGGACACUGGCAAGCGAUCUUUUAAAAAACCUAAGAGGCAAAACAGACAAUCUACUGUAGGUAUAGGGAAAUAUGGGUUGUGUAGCUCCAAGUCUUUACACCUAAGUGAUAUUUCCUAAAAUGUCAGUAUCUUUCUAAAUCAAAAGCUGCCUUAUUGCAUUUCCAAAAGGGCACAUGCAAACUGCAUUUAAAACUCUCAAAGACUUGUGAUUUUAAACUUCAAAAAAUGUCACCUACAAGUUGCCUGCACUUCAAGAAAUGGCAGAGAUGUUUAAGCAAGUCUUUUAUUUUGCUUGCAAGCUUUUUUGUCUUUGGGGAACUAUGCAAGAUUGCAUGGGUGAAUCUCAUCAAAUAUGUCAAGAACAUGUCCGGAACAUGCACAUUUUGUGCACCAAAAUCGAAAUAAACAAGGAAUUGUAUUUUUCUUAAAGAAAAUUAGGCUUUUUUUUUUUUUUAUGACCGUUUCGAUUUUUUGCUACAUCUAAUUGUCAUGAAUGUCAUAAUGGUCCUAAAAGAGGCUUAGUUAUAUUUAUGCAAAAUAUCACUUCUUACUUUUUAUUUUAAUUUUGGGGUAACAUGCAACCAGGACACAUAUUUUCAUGAGAUUCACCAACACAUGAGCUUAAAAUAAUCCACAGGUAUCAGGACAUACUGGCAGUGUGUAGUAUGGUAUUGAAACAAACAACCAAAGGGUAUGUCUUGCCAGUAUACCACACCUUGUUUUACAGUUAGUAGCUAAAUAAUGUGUUUGCACAAUUCUAUGGGUACAAGCCAGCCUGUUCUGCCAUGAUGACUUGAUUAUAAACAGUGUUAUAUUUUUUUUUUUACAUUUUAUUGUAGUGCUUUUUUUGAGGAGAGUUUUUGCUUUUAAAAUGUUUAGAAACCACCUCCCUGAAAACAUCCUCAGCUUAACUCAACCAGUUAUUCGUAAUGUCUGGAAUCAUAAAAAAAAAAAUCUGUAUAUUUCAUUUUCGCUCUCAAAGGUAACAAAGCACAAAUCCUGUGGCAGUCUUUAGCUUUUUUAAAGAAUAUUAUACAAUGUUUUUUUGUUUGUUUUUUGUUUUUUUUUUACCCACAUUGGUGCCACUAGAGGCACAGGAACAACACACUUAACCUUUAAAGGUUUAUUUUGUUCAAAAAUGAAAAUUCUAUUGCUACCCUCAAGUCGUUCCAAACCGAUAUGCUUUCAUUCUUCUGUGAAAAAAAGAAAGUCACACAGGUUCAAAACGACAUGAGGGUGAGUAAAUGAUGAUCAGAAUUUUCAUUUUUGUGUGAACUGUCCCUUUAAGUAAAAUUAUUUUCAUGUUAUUGUCACACAGAUGCCAAAAGUUUUCUGUAUCUCUUGCACUGUAAUCUCUAAAAGAGCAAUGCUGUGUGCUGUUUUCAGGCAUAAUCAGAUGAAUUGAUUUGUCCGGUCAGCUGGCUGAUGAUUUGAUAUUUUUGGCAGUGCCAGUGGAAGGUGAAUCUGAUUACCUGACCAUCUGUCAUGCAGUGGCAUUCAUCAUCCACCCUGGUUGAGAUCAGCACAGGUCAUAUUAGAUUACAUCAAAACCAAUCCUGACAACAAUCUCCCAUCCCAUGACCUAUAGGUCCCAUCAUGCAGGACAACAGAAACCGAGCCAAAUUACUCGUUGAUAGUACUUUGAUAGUCAUACAUUAAAUUUGUCAUUUAUGACACGUUAACUCCAUUUCUGUUGACUUCAGAAAUCAUGUGACUGCUUAGAGUGGAUGUCUCCUUUAUGCUUUUUUGAACUAUUUAUGUAUGCCAUAAGAUUGUUCACCUGUUGUUGCUAUUUUUCUGAACUUCUGCAGACCUUUCAUAAAAUGUGAAUGUGAAUGAAAGUCUCUUAUUUGACGGAGUGCUCUGCUGUGUCAUUGUGGUCAGACUAGGAAUUUUGCAUAGGGGUGUAUUUGUGAUGGUGGCUCAGCGUGUCAAUAUACUGCCACUAAAAUAACACACUGUCUCAUCCAAUCAAAAAGGAACAAUCACUUGAUCGUAAAAUCAAAACAAUUGAUUUUACCUACUUUAAAUGACAGGGGCCAAUUCAAGGUUAUUUUUUAGAGCUAUGCACAGAAAUACCUGAAUGUUUUGCUGAAAAUUCCAUUAUCCUCACUAACAUGCAAUAACUCAGAUGGAAAGUUAGUUCAGGCUGCUUCAAACCAUGAUACUCUUAAUAGUCUUUUGUGGUUUAGAGAAUCACAGUUAUAUGGACAACUGUAAAUGCAACAUAACCAAUGUAUUUUUUUCCACAUUUCUUUAGCUGAUUGUAAAUAGAGGUCAGUUUGCACUGAGGAGAGCAGUGCCCUGUGUGAAGAUAUUAAAGUGGGUGUUUGUAAGCUCAGGACUGACUCAUCUCUGAUGUACUUGACACACAACCACUUGUGCAAUUAAAGUGAUCCUCAUUUUA